GUUCUGGGAAUUGAGAGCAGUUGCGACGAUACCGGCGCGGCAGUGGUACGAAGCGAUGGUGUCAUUCUCGGGGAAGCGUUGGCAUCGCAACAAGAAAUCCAUGAAGCAUGGGGAGGCGUUGUUCCUGGGUUGGCUCGUGACGCCCACGUCGAAAAGAUCGAUGGGGUUGUGGAAGAGGCACUCGCCAAGGCUGGUAUGACCAUGUCGGAUAUUGAUGCCGUUGGCGUGACAGUUGGACCGGGUUUAGAAAUUUGUUUGCGUGUAGGGUGCACAAAGGCACGCGAACUUGCGAUCGAACACAAGAAACCGUUUGUUGGUAUCCAUCAUCUUGAGGCGCAUAUUUUGAUGGCGCGACUGCCUCUGUCAAUGGAUUUUCCUUUCUUGGCUUUGCUCGUUUCGGGUGGACAUUGCCAAUUGAUGAGAUGUAUGGGUAUCGGCAGCUACACUAUUCUAGGUGGUACUCUGGACGAUUCGCUAGGUGAGGCGUUCGAUAAAACCGCCAGACUACUGGGUUUGCCGACUGGUGGUGGUGGAGGACCAGCCGUUGAAAAGUUGGCCCGCGAUGGGGACUCUACCGUCGUCACGUUGCCCAUUCCGCUGCGACAGCGCAAAGAUAUGGAUUUCAGCUAUGCCGGAUUAAAAACCGCUGUCCGCAAGGUGGCGGAAAAGAUGGUGGCUGACAAGGGCCUGGAAUCAGUGGAUGAGUUACCUUAUCAGGACAAGGCCAAUAUCGCAGCUUCGUUUCAGAAUGUUGCUAUCAAGCAUCUUGAACAAAGGCUUAAGUACGCUAUGACUCAACUGGAGGAGGACAGUGGAAUUCGGACUCUAACUGUGGUUGGGGGCGUGGCCGCAAAUACGGAGCUAAGGACGCGACUACAAGAACUUUGCUUAAGCCGCAAGCAGCCAUGGACUAUCAUUGUACCGCCUCCUCGACUUUGUACCGAUCAAGGUGCUAUGAGUGCUUGGGCUGCUGUGGAACGAAUAAUGGUUGGUAGCUCCGAUGAUCCCGCGGAGCAAGAAGUGUUCGCACGUUUUCCUUUCUCUUCACAAUAA